UUCAUUUCAAGGGAUAGUCCUGCUGGGAGAGUCUUGAAUCACGAUGCCUCGAACGUCCCUUGUUGUCUUGUGUGGACUACUUGCCGUCACGGCGAGCCGAGAUCAUAACAGCGCUGACGGAGGGAGGGACAGGGGGUCGAGGUCCAUGGUCAUGUGUCCCCCGGACUGGGAGUCGGGCACGUUCAUGUGUUACAAGGUCGUCCUGCUCAAGGUCAACUGGAUCAACGCUCUGAUGCACUGCGGCGCGAUGAGGGCUCACCUUGUCGACAUCAACUCUCGCGGGGAACAGAUGGAGUUGGAGAGGUUGCUCCGCCCUAAACACACAGGCUUGAAGACCGAGAGGCUGUGGAUCGGGGGAAGUGACCUGUCCAGUAGGGGUCAGUGGCAGUGGAUGACCGCUCGGCAGAACAUGUCCUUCACCCACUGGUACCAACACACAGAGCCCCCUGUGAACAGGGGGCUGAACUGUGCCCUGCUCAUGGGGGCCACGUAUCUGUGGGGGGCCAGUGACUGUACGGCACUCCAUCCCUUCAUCUGCGAAGCAGGACCCUCGUUGGUGAUGGACUCGAUUGACUAGACGUUAGAUGUACAAGGGUCCCUUUGGCAGGCGAUAACGUAUAAUUUUAAUCACAUAAACUGAAUAAAAUGUAUGAUGCAAUAA